AUGGAAGUAGUCCCAUUAUCGACCAGUCCCACUCUCACGAAUCCUGAUAUGAUCUUGCCAUUCAAAGAAAAUGACGAGCUUUCCCUUGCGGGUAGAUGGUCUGACAACCUUAACGACAAUCAAUAUAGCGGCGGGUUCGCGCUCUCCGACUCCAGCGCCAUGAGCCUUAGGACACCAUUCAUGUAUGGAAAUGGGACGAUGCUCUCCGAUAUUGGAGAGGUGACAGAAGUUGAGGGGACACCUGGAGGAAAAUUUUCAGAUCUGACAGAGAAGAGGGCUUUAAAACUACCAACAAGUGAUGUUGCGUAUCGGUUGGGCCAAACCACGGGAAAAGAUGCAUUGAUGAGACGAUUCAAGAUCGAAAGGCAUCAGAGACACAUUUCACUUGAUUCUACGAGUACUGAAAUAUCGAGGGAGCAAAGCGCCGAAAUGUUCAAGGAUCUCACUGACACAGCAAGCGUGGACGAUAGUGUAUUCUUGGGAGAUGAUGAAGAAAGUGUUGCCGAUUCUGAUAACGAGGAAAUGGUAUCAUAUCAAUCACAAAUUUCUCACGAGUAUGGUCUUCCUUCGUUGGCUCUGAGUAGGAAGGCAGAACAAAUUCUCUUAAGUGCAAAAAAGCGCCUUCACACAAUGGAGGAUAAUCUCAAUCGUGCUCGCAUUUCUGUACCAAUUAGACCGAAUACCUCACAGUCAGGCCACAGUAGCAGUUCUGACUCACAUUCAACCCCUUCGCCCUCACCAGACAGCUUUCAAACUCCUCGUGUCGUAGACUCAAUGAGUCGGAAACUGCGUGCAAAAUAUGAUAUGACCGGCGAGAGAUCGAUAAAAAAUGAGGAUAGCAGAGAAAAAUUAUCUUUUACAAAAGUUCCGAAUAAAGCAAACAGUUCUAUCGACUCAUCAUCAAGAGGUAUAGUCAAGUCAUCAUCGUUUACCAGUACAUCAGCACAUGAGCAAGAUGGAUGGCAAGGAAUACCGCGUCCCCUUCGAUCACUAGCAGUUAAACCAGCAUCUCGUACAGACUCUCCUAGUCGAAAUGGCGAAAUAAUCGGCUCUGAUACUGACCGGGCUGUGCGCAAAUCUACAUCAGGAGAAGAAUUAAAUGAGAAUUUGGAAAGCAAAGGUUUUCCUCGCUCAGCAUCUUCACUUCAAAUGAGAGAUCUACAAUCUCAGAUGCAGGGGCUUAAGGGAAGAUUGUCUAUUUUGCGGGAUCGCACUAGAGAUGAUACUAUGCGACGCCGUAGCUUACAAUCCCUGAAGAAUUCAGACCCGGGAGCCAUAGCUGAUAAAUGGUAUGCUAUGGAUAAAAAUUUCCCUAGUCAACGAUCAUCCAGUCUGAAAUCGCAAUCAUAUGAUUCGGCAAAACAAAGCCCGGUGGAGUCAGGCGAAGAUACUUCCACGAGAGGCUCUGUAUCAAAUCUGAGCCGUUCAAGUCUUAGGAACUCCUUUGAUGGGACAGAGGAUUAUCAAGAUCCAGAAGCACAUGAAGCCAACCAAAAAGCACCUAGUGAUACAGCAGAAGAUAAUGGCGUUCAGGUCACCGAACUUGAAAUUGACAGCCCUAAUCAAACAGAAAUCAAGGAGGAAGAUGAUUGCGAUGAAAGCAACUCUUCCAUUUACUACGAUACUAUGGUCUCACAUGAAGAUCGAGAAGAUGCCUUUGACUAUGAACAUUUCUUCUUACACAGUGCAAUGGGAACAAUAAGCCAAGAGAGGCGAGAGAGUGUUAGUUCGCAAGAUUCUGUUGAAACAGCCCGCUGCUACUCUCCUCAGAAAAGAAAGUGGCCAUCAAAAUCCCGGAAAUUACAACCUCAUCGAAGGUCAACGAGUACUGAAAGCAUCUCGACUCUAGAAUCAUUCUCGACUGCAAAUGAAGUGGUUUUCUCUCCAUCCUCUGGUCUGGGUGAUACUAGUGAUUAUGCUACGGAAUGGUCAACACAGACUCAAGCGCAAAGAGAUCUGACUAGUCUAAGUUCAACUUUUGACCUUGAAAAUACAAGACCUAAUUUCUCGAAGGCUAGAAGUCCUUUCACUCCUAGCUACGGGGUCAAGUGCAACCAGUAUCUUAGUCAAAGAUCAUCUAUUGAAUCGUUUGACUCUGUCGUGACUUUCAAGUCAAGUCAUUCCACAAAGAAUUACCCAGCUUUGAAGAAUCCAGACAUCGCGUCACCAAACUCUCAUCAUCUUGACCAGUCAUCUUUACUGGCACCUCCGGAAAUCGUAUCAGAAGCUAGCAUUACUCGGCCUCAGAAAGUUACGAAGCCAUGUCAAGAGUCACCUGUAGAUAUGCUUGCAAUAGACGAUCAGGUUCUCGUUAAGCGUCUUGUAGUGAGUCUUGGUAAAUGUGUCCUCGGCCUGCAGGAAGCACGAACUAGCAUUGAUAUACGUUUAUGGCGUAGACGCUUGGACGCUGCUAGGCGGGUCCUCGAUGGUGUUGAGGGAGCCGUCUGA